GUUGUUUGAAACAGAAAUUUGAAGGAAAUUGUUUGUUGUUUGAAACAAAUACUGAUGUGUUUCAAGACGACCGAUUAUGUAAGUGUUCAAUGAUUCAUAUGCAAGACUUCAUAAAUGUUCAAAUAACAUUUUAACCAUUGUUAGUGCAGGCUUAUGGUGACAAUAUUGAAAAAAAUUUAUACGAAGAGCAGAAAGAGUAUAUUUCUGCUGUAUUUAAGUAUGGUGGAAUCUGGGGUCAAACCAAUGACCAACAUCGUAAGAGGUACGAUGGUGGCAAAUAAAGGACUGUUAAAGUUGAGAAAGGACAACUCACAAUUUUCACACUUAGAGGGGAGAUUGCUAGAAUAUGCCCAUGGAUUAAGGGUCAUCCAUAUAAUAUGUAUUAUUAUAUAUUUGAUACAUCACCGAAGGAGUACAAAGAAAUCAAUUCUGAUGUUGAGGUGAUUGAGUUCAUAAAUGUAUAUAAUGAUAACUUCUGUGUUGAGAUAGUUAUUACAAUACAAGGAGCAGAAGGACAUGAAUCAAAUUCUACUCUUAAGGAGGUGGUGAGUUCUGAACAAGUAGUUGAAUGUUCUUUCAACCAUAAUGAUGUUAGUUUGAGUGCUCCUACAUCAUGUUCUAAAGAUAUAGCUAUUGGCACAUAUUUUCCUGAUGCAAUAAGUUUCAAACAUGCUCUACGAUCAGUUGCCAUCAAGGAGAAUUUUGGGGUUAGGAUCAAGGCUAGUGACAAGACAUGUGUUAUUGCUACAUGUGCAUAUCAAGGUUGCAAAUGGAGAAUUCGAGCUUCACUCUGUGAAGAUGAUCAAUCUUUUGAAGUUAGGAGACUUGAAGGAGAUCAUACUUGUCCUGGUAUCAAUCGUGCUGGUAAUAAGCUAGCAACUUCUACAUGGGUUGCCAAUGAAAUACAAGAUAUUGUCAAAAGAAAUCCAAAUAUUCCUCCAAAAGAGAUCAAUAACAAUUUGGAGAAAGAGUACAGUCUGUCAUUACCUUACAUGAAGCUAUGGAGGUCAAGAGAGUAAGCUCGUGAUAAUAUAUUUGGGUGUAUAGAUGAUAAUUAUAAAUGGGUUCCAACACUACAAGCUGAAUUGAUUAGUAGAAAUCCUGGAUCACACAUCACAUAUUGACAUACGUGACAAUUCUUUUCAAAGAUUUUAUGUUAGCUUCAAGGUAUGUGCAGAUGGAUUCAAAUAUGGUUGUCGACCUCUUAUAAGUUUGGAUGCAUGCCACCUCAAAUCCAAGCAUCUAGGAAUGCUUUUAUCAGCUACAUCACUUGACGGUGAUAAUGGUUUAUUCCCCAUAGGAUUCGCUGUUGUUGAGAACGAAUCUAAGCAGACAUGGCUAUGGUUCCUAGAUAACUUGGGGGAAACCAUUGGUACAGAACUAGAACCCCUUGCUUUCAUUUCUGAUAUGGAAAAGGGUUUAGGCGAGGCCAUUAGAGAAGUGUACCCUGGAGCUGAACAUAGAAUAUGUAUUCGUCAUUUGUGGAAGAAUAUAUAAAAAAAAAUUCCAUUGCAAAGAUGAUCAUAAACUCUAAGGUUUGGUUUGGGCAGCAGCGAAUGCAUACACUUGCAUAGAGUAUAAUAACAAGCUAUGCGAACUUAGUGUUUUAAAUCAGACUAUACAUGCGUACCUUAUUUCAUUACCUUACAAGUGGUCGCGAAGUUAGUUUAUGGUUGGGAUUUACCACUCUACCAAUACGAAUAAUUUUGCUGAAUCAUUCAAUGCAUGGAUUGGGGAAGCUAGAACUAAACCUGUUGUCGAUUUGAUUGACUUGAUUCUUGGUAAACUCAUGGAGCAAAGGAGUGCACGUAAGAUGACGAGUUUGACAUGGCACCGUGAAUUAGUACCUCAUGCAGAAGAAUACAUUAGAGAAAUUACUACUAGAAAAGAACAAUUAUUAGUUCGGCAGUCUAGUUUGUACAUGGCCGAAGUUGAAUCCCUCCAUUCAAGACAUAUUGUUGAUGUCGAGAACAAAGACUGCACUUGUAAUGUUUGGCAAUUAACAGGACUUCCUUGCAUUCAUGCCAUAGCUUUCAUUGGGAUGAAGGAGCAUCCGUUGUGGCAUACAUAUGUUAAUGAUUACUACUACGUUUACAGGUAUCGGAUGGCGUACGAAGGAGCAAUCGCCACAUUACCUGGGAAGGAUCAGUGGCAAGUAGUUAAUGAUGUGGUAGAGCUUGGAGUACCAAAUACAUCUAGACCUAGAGGAAGACCCAAAAGAAAAAGAUUGCCUAAUUUUUUGGAAAAAGGAUAAGAAGGUCCAUAAAUGCAGCAGAUAUGGUCUUUGGGGUCAUCAUCGAAGUACAUGCAAGAAUCCAUUAAGGAGUACCAUUGAUGACGCAUUAUUAUCACAAGUGGGUCAACCAAAACGAGCUAAAUUGCCAAAUUUUUUACAAGCUGGUCAAUAGCAGGUUAUACAAUAGCUGCAUCUUGCCAUAUCUUGCAAUAUCUUGCCAUAUCUUGCCAUAAUAGCAGGUUAUAUAAUUCAACAGCAAGUUUUACAAGCUCUGAUCAAUAGCAACAUAUACUCCAUUCUGCCUUGAGCUAAUACCGGAUAUUGGAACUACUUGGAGCCAAUAUUGGAAAAACCUGGAUAUUGGAACUACCUGGAGCCAAUCCGAAUUGGAGCUAUUACUGGAUUUUGACAUCCGAACGGAACUGCAGCUACUACCGGAACCGGAGCUUUCAUCUUAUAUUGUUGUUAUAAAAAUGCUAAAAAGUAAUUAGAUGAAUAUAAACACACUGUCAUAUCUAUAAUUUGGAAUACAAACUCCAUUGCUCAAAGUUUUUAUAAUUCCACAAAAACUAAAAUUACAUGAUUCCUUUUCAUACAAUAGAAGGAGAUAAUUUCUCCAAGAUACACCAAAGUUUGCUUCGCAUUCCACAAAAGCAAGCACAACAUAUGCUUGAACACAACAUAACACUAACCAAAAUAAACUCGUACUGUAAUGUCGAUAAAAACCAUCACUAACAAAACUUUCAACGUCAGACGAAUCGAGUCAAAAUUCUUAGAAUUCCUUGCUUCAUAUGCCUUCAAUUCGUAAUGUGUGACAUAAGAUGGGUCUUCUUGCUCAUCCACCCAUUUAAAGUAACUGCAGUCGUCCUCACUUUUAUUAUAAACACACCUAUAAAACUGCCUUCUACUGUUAGGUCCACUGUGACAGGUAUACAAGACACAUUUUAGAUGACAAUGGCAGUACACCUUAGAAUGUUGCGGCCUGUUUUUCACAACGGAAGAACUCGAAGAACUCAUUAAACCUUUUGCAAAACUUGAAAAUAUGCACAACAGCAGAUUGCUUAGCAAUUUAUAAAUUAAUAAGAAAGAAAAUUUCAUCAAAUCUGUAAUUAUAAAAAAAGGUCAUCAAAUUUGUACUUAUAAGAAAAUUUCAGCAAAUCUGUACUUUUUUUUUCAGCAAAUCUGUACUUAAAUUAAAAGGUUAUCAAAUCGUUACAUAAGCAAAUGUUGCAGCUUUUGAAGCUAUAAUGCUUUAGUUUUAACUAGGAAAGCUAACAAAAUCAAUUUAAAGUCCGGUAAAGAACCUUCCUAGGAAAGCUAACAAAAUCAUUUUCAAAGAAAUAAUUUCAGAAUGAAGAACGAC